UUUUCCAUCAAACCUCCCUUUUCAGGAUUUGCCGAGAGGCGAACGUCUCCAAAUGUUACCGCUACGGGAUCGGAGUUAGACUUGACGGGCGGACACAGACUGUUAGGCUUUCUACUACUACUACUACCAUUACUACUACGGCUCCUCUCUGAGACGCAGUUUCACCAACUCUCGGGACGAAUGAAGACUGAAGGAUCUAUACGGAUUUCGGCGCAUAAUGUCGGGAUGGAGUUUCGAGACUCGUUUGGCUCAGUGGAAGAGUAGAAAAGCGAGUUUGUCGCCGGUGGUGCUAGAUGCGCUCCACGUCUAUGUUGGAUUAUUGUCUCCUUUUCUGAACUGCGAGCAUCGAUUCCCCUUCGCACCAUUCCGCGUCCCGAUCACCCCCUUUGGACUAUGGCCUCGGAUCGCGGGGUCCCAGGGUCCGGCGUCUUUGGAGAUUUACCCCCGAGCUAUAAGCGCUCCCAGCCGCCUGCGCACCCAGACCUGCAGCGGAGACCCAGCUACUGCCAUGCCGCUUUCGCACUUAAACAGAUCUCAAAGGGAAAGGCAGUAGGUCAGAAAGCUCCUCUGUGGAUCCGGGCGAGGUUCCAGGCCUUGCUGUUCUCUCUGGGCUGCCACAUCCAGAGCCACUGCGGGAAGGUCCUCUUUAUUGGACUCUUGGUGUUCGGGGCUUUGUCUGUGGGACUCCGGGUGGCAGCUAUCGAAACCAACAUUGAGCAGCUGUGGGUGGAAGCUGGCAGCCGGGUGAGCACAGAGCUUCGCUACACCAGGGAGAAGCAGGGAGAAGAGUCAGUAUUUACCUCGCAGAUGCUCAUCCAGACCCCCAAAGAAGAGGGCACUAAUAUUCUAACACAGGAGGCUUUGCUGGUUCACAUGGAGGCGGCGCUGUCUGCCAGCAAGGUGCAGGUGUCGCUGUUUGGAAAAUCAUGGGAUCUCAAUAAGAUAUGCUACAAAUCCGGAGUUCCUAUUAUAGAAAAUGUCAUGAUUGAAAGGAUGAUUGACAAGCUUUUCCCAUGUAUGAUAAUCACCCCAUUGGACUGUUUCUGGGAAGGGGCCAAACUACAAGGAGGUUCUGCCUAUUUACCGGGCAUGCCAGAUAUCCAGUGGAUGAAUUUAGAUCCUGUCAAGCUGAUGGAAGAACUGGGCCAGUACACGUCCCUGGAAGGUUUUAAAGAGAUGCUGGACAAAGCCCAGGUGAGUCACGCCUACAUGGACAGACCAUGCCUCGACCCGUCAGACACCGACUGUCCCCUCAGUGCUCCCAAUAAGGAACAGGAAGAGACUCCGGACAUUGCUGGGCGUCUCCAGGGUGGAUGCCACGGCUUCAGUCAGAAGUUCAUGCACUGGCAGGAGGAGCUCAUUCUGGGAGGGCGGGUCAAAAGCAGCCAGGAUACUCUACUAAGUGCGGAGGCUCUCCAAACUAUGUUCCUGUUGAUGAGUCCCAAGCAGCUCUAUGAACACUUCAAAGACGACUACGAGAUCCACGACAUCAACUGGAACGAGGAAAAGGCCACCGCCAUCCUUGAGUCCUGGCAGAGGAAGUUUGUGGAGGUCGUCCACCAGAGUAUUCCUGGUAAUUCCAGUCAGUCCAUCCACGCCUUCUCCACAACCACCCUCAAUGACAUCAUGAAGUCGUUCUCUGACGUCAGUGUCAUCAGGGUGGCUGGAGGAUACUUGCUCAUGUUGGCCUACGCCUGUGUGACGAUGCUCAGGUGGGACUGUGCCAAGUCGCAGGGGGCUGUUGGACUGGCAGGGGUGAUGCUAGUAGCCCUGUCGGUGGCAGCAGGACUGGGUCUCUGCUCCCUACUUGGCCUCUCCUUCAAUGCUGCAACUACGCAGGUGCUUCCCUUCCUGGCGCUAGGGAUUGGUGUGGAUGACAUGUUUCUGUUGGCUCACUCCUUCACAGAGACAGGAAGUAAUAUCCCCUUUAAGGAGCGAACAGGAGACUGCUUGCGUCGCACCGGCACCAGCGUGGCUCUGACUUCCAUAAACAACAUGAUCGCGUUCUUCAUGGCUGCCCUGGUGCCCAUCCCGGCCUUGCGAGCAUUCUCUCUACAGGCGGCCAUUGUGGUUGUAUUUAAUUUCGCCAUGGUGCUGCUCAUCUUCCCUGCCAUCCUCAGCUUGGACCUCCACAGGCGUGAGGACAAGCGUUUGGACAUUCUCUGCUGCCUGUACAGCCCCUGUGCCAAUCGCGUCAUUCACCUCUCGGCACAGGAGCUUUCGGAAGCCGGCGAGCAGUCUCACACGCCUGGGGCGGGCACGACUCAUGCACACCAGUAUACUGCCGGACCGACAAUCACCACCAGCACCCAGAUCACCACAACAGUGCAGGCAUUUACACAGUGUGAUGCAGCAGGCCAGCAUAUUGUCACAAUUCUGCCACCGACUUCACAGAUCUCCACAAGCUCUCCCUCCAUCAUUGUCUGCCCCACUACACAGACUCACGCUGUCUCACCUUCUCCAACCACCACCUCUGUGCCAGACCCUUACGGCUCCCAGCUCUUCACUCCAACCUCCAGCUCCACGCGGGACCUCCUAGCCCAGGUGGAAGACUCCAAAUCGGGGAAGAAAUGCGUCCCACUCCCCUUCCUUCACUGGAACCUGUCCAUCUUCGCCCGGGAAAAGUACGCCCCCCUGCUCUUGAAGCCCAAGAGCAAAGUUGCAGUGGUGGUCCUCUUCCUGGGGCUGCUGAGCCUUAGCCUAUACGGGACCACUAUGGUCCACGAUGGCCUCUAUCUGACCGACAUCGUGCCCCGCGACACCAAGGAAUACGACUUUAUCGACGCACAGUUCAAGUACUUCUCCUUCUACAACAUGUACCUGGUGACCAUGGAUGGGUUCGACUACGCCCAGUCUCAAAGGCUGCUGGUUCAGCUGCACAAUGCUUUCAACUCUGUCAGAUAUGUGGUCAGAGAUAGCGACAACAAGCUGCCCCGCAUGUGGUUGCACUAUUUCCAGGACUGGCUGAAAGGUCUUCAGGCUGCUUUUGAUGCUGACUGGCAGGCUGGCCGGAUUACAGCUGACAGCUAUAGGAACGGCACAGAAGAUGGAGCUCUGGCGUACAAGCUGCUCAUCCAGACAGGCUCCAAGAAAGAGCCUUUCAACCGCAGCCAGCUGACCUCUCGCCGGCUGGUGGAUGCCGAGGGUUUGAUCCCCCCAGAGGUGUUUUACAUUUACCUGACCGUGUGGGUUAGUAACGAUCCUCUGGGCUAUGCCGCAUCCCAGGCCAACUUCUACCCUCACCCCAGAGAGUGGAUUCAUGACAAGUAUGACACCACAGGAGAAAAUCUGCGCAUCCCAUCAGCGGAGCCUCUGGAGUUUGCCCAGUUUCCCUUCUACCUGAACGGCCUUCGGCAGGCGAGUGACUUUGUGGAGGCCAUCGAGAGCGUGCGUGCCAUUUGUGAUGAGUUCAGCCGCAAGGGCGUGCUCAACUACCCUAACGGACACCCCUUCCUGUUCUGGGAGCAGUACAUCGGCCUCCGUCACUGGUUCUUGCUGUCGAUUAGUGUUGUGCUGGCCUGUACCUUCCUGGUCUGUGCCAUUCUCCUGCUUAACCCCUGGACUGCUGGCAUCAUUGUGUUUAUUUUGGCCAUGAUGACUGUGGAGUUGUUUGGCAUCAUGGGCCUAAUUGGCAUCAAGCUCAGUGCCAUUCCUGUGGUCAUCCUGAUUGCAUCGGUGGGCAUCGGCGUGGAGUUUACGGUUCACAUAGCCCUGGGCUUCCUGACAGCAAUUGGCAACAGGAACAAGCGUUCAGCGGUGGCCCUGGAACAUAUGUUUGCCCCAGUGGUCGACGGUGCAAUCUCCACGUUGCUGGGUGUUCUUAUGCUGGCAGGAUCAGAGUUUGACUUCAUCAUGAGGUAUUUUUUUGCCGUGCUUGCCAUUCUGACUGUGUUGGGGAUGCUGAAUGGCUUAGUUCUCCUCCCAGUCCUCCUCUCCAUGAUGGGCCCUCCAGCUGAAGUCACCCCGGUCGACAACGCUAGCUGCAUGCCGACACCUUCCCCCGAGCCCCCGCUGCCUCCUCCAAUGGCCCACCACGGAUACUUCACGGGCCUCAACCACCCACGCUCAUCCCGGCCACAAGCAUUUUCUGAGUCGUCAGAUUCUGAAUAUUACUCUGAGUUGACGACGACAUCUGGGAUCGGGGAGGAGGAUUAUAAGUACUGUGACAGGAGCGCGUACCAAGCGUCGCACACUGCAGCUCCAUCUGCAACGUCUCAUAUACUGGUGGAAGCCAGCAAGAAUCCAAGCUUCCCCAAACUGACGGUGCUGAAGCCGUUUAGAGAAAACGCAGCAGGUGGGAGGGUUGAACCAAUAUGUGAAUCCACCCACAAUAUGCAAUCACCUCCCCAGGUGACGUGCUGGGAUGGAAACAAGCAGGAGCAGCAGAGUGACCUUCAGAGACUGCAGGCUCAGUCAGCUCACGGCUUACCCAGCGACAAAGCUAAUUUUCCUGGGAGGACUUAUCAAAGUGGCCCCAGGCUGCAGAACAGCAGAGGGCCUCUGCCAAACAGGACUAAAGGGCAGAGCUAUGGUCACAGCAACUCUUCCCUGCCAACGCAACAAGGCCCCACUGGGGGCCCUGUUACCAUGGUCACGGCCACGGCCUCUGUCACAGUGGCCGUGCAUCCGACCCUACCGGGGGCCACCUAUCAAGGCUACAUGCAUGAAGGUUUUGACAUGGACAGCGAGUUGGACUGUUUUGAAGCUGCUAAAAGGACUUGUGGUGACAAAGCAAAAUAUUCUUCAUGCAACAGAGACUCUCUAGAGCUCCAAGACUUGGAGGCAACACGGGUCCAGACAGAAUAUCAACUAGGCAAGUCACAAGGUGGGCUGAGGAUCCAAGCAUCCAAAGACUGCUAAAGACUCAAUCACUGUGGCCCUCUCACUUUGAGUCUCUGGAUCCCAGAGCACCUUCACCUUUUACUGUGUCUCGAACUCUAAACUGUACAUAGACUUCACAUAAAAAAUGAGAGAAUUCUCGUCAAGGCCACGAAAAAAAGAACUGUUUUAAGAGUUAAAUAAAUCUAUAAUUAUAUAUAUUUUAAUACUAAAAAAGAGGGACGCUAUUUAAAAGAGUACUGUAUAACUUGGGUAUUCUCUCAUGUAAGAUGUACAAGAUUAUUUUCACAUGGGGUUGUGGAUUUGUUUUCCAUCCCACUGUGUAUGGAAUGACAUGUUCUAUAUGUUUUCACAAAAAAUUGAGAUUUUUUAGGGUAUUAGAGUAUUGAACAUACAUGGUCAGUGUUUUAAUUCUAUUUGUAUUAUUAUUAUUAUUAUUUUUCUUUUUGCUGCUACACUUUGAAUUUGUUUUCAGGCAGUUUGCCUUAAAAAGUGCAGUCCACCCUUAACCCACCCCUCUCCUCUUAUUUCAUGGUAUUAUACUAUGAAAUCCUUCAUCAUACACAAUCUGUUGGGUCCACGUUCUCUGCCGCAAGUUGCGGAGAAUUACACAGCAGAUACUCUUUUCCUAACAGCAGUAACCAUUGUGCCUUCAGUGUGUGUCCCCUUUCUCAUUAUCCCAGCAAUUAAAGGUCAGUAUUAGGUUCUCCUUUUAGGCUUUUAACUUUGUUUUGAAUUAUUCAGCCAUCAUACUGGAAAGCAACGCUCCUAAUUUUGACUUGGUUUCAACAUCCUCUGCAGUUCUAAUCUACUUGAAGGUGCUCAGAUAACUUAUGUUUAUUUCUUUAGCAGUUUUGUAAGCUCAUGUAUGGGAUUGGGGGGGUUGUUUUAGUCACUUUGUCGAAAAAGUGUUGUUCACCUUAUUGUUUUAUGUCAAAAAGGGAAUUUUGAAAUGCAAAGAGAAAUAUCUUAUCUGAAUAUUUCCCCUUUUCAAGUGGUUACAGUGUCAUGUUGCUGUGACUCUCAAACGAUUUAGUCAAUCUUGGUGCCUGAACUCGCUUUGACUCACUUUCUAGUAGUUUGUUUUUUCCCCCUAAAACAGAGAACAAAGCUUCAGUCGUUCAGUAUUGGUCUCGUCACUGCCAGGUUAAACUGCAGGGAUAAACAUGCAGAUCUAUUGUUUUUGUCAUGUUUCAAGUGGCAGCUUUUUCCGUUUUCUUGCCUUUUGUAAAUAUGACAGAUGAGUCAUUUAGCUACUUCAGUUGGGAAAUCAUGGAGCAAAAGCAAGCAAAACACCAUUUUCCAGUUCAAGCAGACCACGUUAGAUGCUGUUUAGGGAGGGCUAGGGGGUAGGGGGUGGGGGUCUCCUGCAUUGGUUUGUAGUUUGUUUCAAGAAAGAUGUUAAUGUCAUGUCAUAUAAAUUAUUUAUAUUAAAAUUUUUAUUUUUGUAGUUUGUACAGAUGUUAGUAUCUAGACUGAAGUUCUAUUUUUAAAGAGUAAAUAUAUAUUAUAUAUAAAUAUAUCUAUUUGUUCCUGAGGUUUUGUUUUAUUGUUUUGUUUGUAUUUUGGGGAUGGGGAGGGGAUGACAAUACAUUUGUGUGUGUGUGUGUGUGUGUGUGUGUGUGUGUGUGUGUGUGUGUGUGUGUGUGUGUGUGUGCGUGUGUGUGUGUGCGUGUGUGUGUGUGGUGUGGAGCAAAGGUGGCAAUUGGAGGACCAUGAAGGAGAAGGUGUGUAGGAAAAGUGACACCAUGUUUUAAGGUUUCCUCUUGGCCCUUUUUUCUUCAUUGUCAUUUCUUUUAAGAUGUUCUUGUCCACGUCUGAAACACUGUGAUUUCUGAAAACUAUGCUCAAGAAAACCCAUAUGUGACCAUUAUGUUCCCUCACCUGCUAUAGAAAUUAAACUAACAAAAUAAAUUGUAUGAAAAACUG